AUGAGGAUGAAAAGGAUGCUGCUUUGGCUGAUAUUGAGAAAGAGUGUCUCUUGGUUUACAAGAGGAAAGUUGAGGAGGCUAGUAGGUGUUAAAGCGAAUCUGCUUAAAGAGAUUGCUAUGGGAAGAGCGGAGAUUGCAGCUAUUGGGUCUUCUAUGGGAGGACAGGAGAUUCAUUGUAACAGCAGGAUGGGUGAGAACUUGAAGGAGGAGCUUGAGAAUGUUAAUGUGCAGUUAGAGGAGCUGCGAAGAAAGAAAACUGAGAGAAUGAAUCGGUUUAAGGAAGUUAUUGAUCAGUUACUGAACUUGUCUUUUCAACUUGGAGACUCUACAGAUUAUCUGAAGAAACUUGGUGCUGAAGAGACUGAUCUUUCGCUUCAUAAGUUGGAGGAAUUGCGUAGGCGAUUGGCUGAACUCCAGGAUGAAAAGAGUAAGAGACUGGAAGAGGUAGAUCGUUUGCUGGGAACGUUGAAGUUGUUGUGUUCGGUUCUUGGUGAAGAUUUGAAGGACUUGAUAAGAGGGAUACAUCCAUCUCUUGUUGAUUCCAACACGAGAGAUGUGAGCAGAAGUACACUUGAUAAGUUGGAUUUGAUGAUUGGAAAUUUACGAGGGGUCAAGUUACAGCGAAUGCAGAAGGUUCAAGAUCUUGCAGUCUCCCUGUUAGAGCUCUGGAAUCUUCUUGACACACCUACGGAAGAGCAAGAGAGAUUUCACAAUGUCACCUGCAGCAUUGCUUUGUCUGAAUCUGAAAUUACCGAGGCCAAUAUACUCUCUGUUGCUUCCAUCAAAGACGUUGAGGAUGAAGUCACUAGGCUUAGCAAGCUCAAGAUAACCAAGAUCAAAGAGGUGAUCCUUAGAAAGAAGCUCGAGCUUGAGGAAAUAUCAAGGAAGGUGCACAUGGCACCCCAAGAUCCUGAACAGUUGUUAGAGAAAAUUGACUCCGAGAUUGCAAAGGUUAAAGAGGAAGCUUCAAGCAGGAAAGAGAUUCUAGAAAAAGUGGAGAAAUGGAUGACAGCAUGUGAAGAAGAGUCAUGGCUUGAAGAAUACAAUCGGGAUGAUAAUUGGUACAAUGCGGGAAGAGGAGCUCAUCUUACAUUAAAACGUGCAGAUUAUUUGUGGAUGGUGGAGGCGUUGACAGCCAAAGUCAAUGCUUGGGAAGAUGAAAGAGGAAGUGAAUUCUUAUACGAUGGUGUCCGAGUUUUGUCGAUGCUUGAGCAGUACAAGACUCUAUGGGAACAGAAAGAGUUUGAAAAACAGAGACAAAAAGAUCUGAAGAAACUCCAUGGACAACUCAUCACAGAACAAGAAGCCCUUUACGGGUCAAAGCCAAGCCCAGGUAAAAGCGGAAAGAAACCAUUGAGAACUGUCUUACCUUCGUCUGCCAUGAUUCGAAAACUCUCACUUGGUGGUGCCAUGCUUCAAAGUUCCAAGCCUGAGAAGGCAACCCUCAUCAGCAAAAGGAAUACUUACUAUGACCAGAACGCUCUUAGUAGAAGAGAGUCUACUAUCCCAAAUCCUUCAGGGAGAAGAAACUCAGAGCUUCCUGGUCGUCUCAGAACAAAGAACGUUCCAGCUGCAGGAAAAGCCGUGAUGAACAAAGGGAGGUCUCCAAUGCUUAGGAAGCCUCUUUCACCUGUUACUUCCAAUAUCAUGAACUCCCCUGAAGAUCACAAGGAUACUUACACUACAAAGUCAUCUCCUAAGACCAACGAAGAGAACAGAAGAACAGCGGAACCAAUCUCUGCACCUGCAACCCCAGCAGCUUCAGUUUCUAUGUCGGAGGCAAGAACGCCGUUUACUCCUGCGUCCUCGGCUAUGAAGAAGAGAAUGGGGGAAAAAGAAGGUGUUGAGUACUCCUUUGAAGAAGUUAGAGCCGGUUUUUGCUAA